UGAGAAUCAGUUGGUUCAUUUGUAGGAAGGUUGCGGGAGAGACUUUUGAAUCAUAGCCUUUAGAUACCAGAAGGGCAGAGAGGAUCCCACGCAGGCUAGUGAAUCAUGUGUGUGCAUUUCUGUCCCUUCUAAUCUCAGGAAGCUGAGAAUGAAAGAAUGUGAGCAAGCAGAAAAGGAGAGGCAGCUCUCAGAGGCAGAGGAAAAUGGGAAAUUGGUUAUGAAAAAAAUACGUACCUACAAGAAAAUGUUUCAAGACAUGCAACAGUUGCAGUGGCGGACAGAGGACUCCUACAGAUGCAAAAUCACCCCUUAUGCAAAAAAGGCUCUUGACAACUGGGUAAGUUUGUUUGUUUUCCUUGCUUUUGGACAUAGUCUGCCAGGUCAGGACGUGGAUGUAUUUUUCUCCCCACAGCUCUGUGCUCAAGCCUUGCAGAGGGAGAUGGCCGAGAGGAAGGCUGCCUACAAGCAGCAUGGUCCCAUCCCUCUUGGUAACUGUGUAGUGCAAAAACACCUUCAUCCCCACCCAGUGGUGCCCCUGAUCUAA